UCGAUUUUAAUCACCAAAAUCACAUUUACCCGCGUCCACCUCCCGCGUCCAAAGUUCAGAAAUGCAAUUCCCCCAAAUUCCCUCAUUCCACCUUGUUCCGCACCACCUCCUUCUUCCGCGUCCACCUUCUUCCGAACCACCUCCUCCUUCUCCCUCUGCCGAAGCUUCCAUGGCAGGUUGUGCCCUCGCCGGUGCAGCUGCAGGUUCUGGUCCCUCUGGACAUGAAAUGGUUCGUCGCCAUCAGCGACUUUGGCGAUAGAGCUAUUACUUCUGCCUCUAGAUCUGCAUGCUUCAAUUCAUCAAUUCACUACUAGUGGAACUCAUCCUAGGCUUGGUGUUGUGGACCACAUUUGUUUUCACCCCUUGGUUGGUGCUUCCUUGGAUCAAGCAGCUACGGCUGCUCGCUCCUUGGCUACGAAAACAGGCUCUACCCUGCAAGUACAUACUUUUCUAUAUAGAGCAGCACAUGAAGAAGGGAGGACGCUUGAUUCAAUCCGAAGAACACUUGGUUAUUUCAAGCCAAAUGCCAAUCAAAACAGAUGGUCCUGCUCAAGUGACUCCAGCUAAAGAAAAAAUGCAGAUUAAAACUCAAGCAGAGGACAAGGCUUCUCAGUCAAUCUUUUUAGGACCAGAAGCCGAAGCUUGGACGCUUCCGUCAUUUUUUCCUGCCAAUUACAAAUGCUGUGCUGAUUUUCUGAAGUGGGUAUUUAUGAUGAUGCUGCAGAUAUUUGGAGGAGGUACUUAAUAACGCCUUGGAAUGGAUAGUGAUAGCGAAGAAAACUCAGACUUUUUGGGUUAAUGGACUAAUGGAUGGAGUAGUGAGUCCGACGAGGAAGAGGUCUCUAAGGGAUUAGAGUCACUGUCACGAGUGGUCAAGGAGAGUGAGCCGGUACAGAGAGUUGAUGUAUUUGGUGAAGGGGACGAGGGUGGCAGAGUGCCUUCAUCGGAGUCACCAGGUGGUUCAGGCAGUCAAAUAAGUGAUGAUGUGGACACUUCCAUGCUUUCAACUGCGGCUGCAUUGGUUGAUGCUGAAUUUCAUGGGGUUGAAGAGGCUUAUGCAAGAUAUGUUGAGUAUGAAAAGGUGACUGAAUUUGUUGUUUGAAAAGUGGAUUCCAUUAAAGAUGAUGAAGGCAAUGUUGUGAGAAAAUUUUUCUAUUGCAAUCGACGGGACAUGCGGGGCGGAUAGGAAGAGGGCACAUAAGGUGGAGUGACGAACUGAUUUCCUGCUAGUAAAGAAUUUUUGCAAAUAAAUUCACGUUGUAAGUAUAGUUUCUAAACCAGCAAAGAAUCCUU